UCCCACUCCUUUACCCUCCCUCUGUGCUGGAGUUCUGCCACACAGGAUUGAAGCACAGUCCUGUAGUGCAAGGCUUUCUGUUUGGGAUUUAUUGUGGCUUUUGUUUGGAUUUCAGCAUGCAGAAUUACAGCUCUUCAGAGGAGACUCAUUACAACUCCUGCUGAAGCUCCUAGCCUUCCUCCCUCUGCCUCUCCCCCACCCUCACUUGGCCUGAAGACACUGUCCCCAGUCUGCCUUACUCCCUUGGUGAUAUGUGUGCAUGGUGAACAUGGCAUUAUGGCCAAGUCUGGGACUGGCCAGACAACUGCUGUUGGCUCUCCCUGUUCCAGGAAGAAUCUAAAGGGAAAUUGCAUGGCAGCAGAGCAGGAACCUGGUGACUAGGGUUCCUGGCAUUGUCACACACACCCAUGCACAAUUGACUGCAGUGACAAUAGCUGCUCCUGGGAACCGGGCAGCAUGAAGUGAGAGCCAGCUCCUGAGCACGAACGAGAUGAACUCCACCUUGGAUGGUGAUCAGAGCAGCCAUCCUUUCUGUCUCCUUGCACUGGGCUACUUGGAAACUGUCAGUUUUUGUCUUUUGGAAGCACUGAUUGUUGUCUUUCUAACCAUAUUGAUUAUUUCUGGCAACAUCAUUGUGAUUUUUGUGUUUCACUGUGCACCUCUGUUGAAUGAUCACACUGCAAGUUAUUUUAUCCAGACAAUGGCAUAUGCUGACCUCUUGGUUGGGGUAAGCUGCCUGGUCCCAUCCUUGUCACUGCUCCACUACCCUCUUCCUAUGGAGGAGGCCAUGACUUGCCAAGUAUUUGGCUUUGUAGUAUCAGUUCUGAAGAGCGUCUCCAUGGCUUCUCUGGCCUGUGUCAGCAUUGAUAGAUAUAUUGCCAUCACUAAGCCUUUAACCUAUAAUACGCUGGUUACUCCCUGGAGACUACGACUUUGUAUUUUUCUGAUUUGGCUAUAUUCCACCCUGGUCUUCCUGCCUUCCUUCUUCCACUGGGGCAAACCUGGAUAUCAUGGAGAUGUAUUUCAGUGGUGUGCAGAGUCCUGGCAUACCAAUCCCUACUUCACAUUGUUCAUCGUGGUGAUGCUGUAUGCCCCCACUGUCCUCAUUGUCUGCUUCACGUAUUUCAACAUCUUCCGCAUCUGCCAGCAGCACACAAAAGAAAUCACCGAAAGGCAAGCCCGAUUCAGCAGCCAGAACGGGGAGACUGGGGAAGCCCAGACCUGUCCUGAUAAGCGCUAUGCCAUGGUCCUAUUCAGAAUUACCAGUGUGUUUUAUGUCCUCUGGUUGCCAUACAUCAUCUACUUCCUGCUGGAGAGCUCCGCUGGCUGCAGCAGCCGCCCUGCAUCUUUCCUGACCACCUGGCUCGCUAUUAGUAACAGUUUCUGCAACUGCAUCAUUUAUAGUCUCUCCACCAGUGUUUUCCAGCGAGGAUUAAAGGGCCUCUCGGGGGAUGUGUGUACUUCUUGUGCAAGUCACACUGCAGCCAAGGGCCCGUACACAGUUAGGAGCCAAGGACCCCUUAAUGGGUGCCAUAGCUGAGGGCUCAUGUAUUUCAGUCACUUUGUUUGCAGAGAGAAAGGGUGGCUUUGAUUUUUUUUUUUUUUUUCCCAUUUCCCUUCUAUCUAGUUCACUAGGGGAUCUAGGACAGGAUAAUUUGACUCUGAGCAGCUGCAGACUAUCCAGAUACCUUCUUAGUUCUCUUAGAAGUUGUUUCCUAAAUGAGAUUUAAAAUUAGAAGAAUCAGGAUCAUGAAGAAAAAAAAAUCACUCUUGAUGCAGUUUUUGAAAUGUCAUGGAAGUGACUACAGUUUCAGAAAGAAUAAAGCCAUAGCUAACACCUCUGCCAGCUGGUGUGACUGAACUGGGCGUGAAAAGCAUUAGCACUUAAAAAAAAAAAUCACCAUUUCUUUUCCCUUUUCUGGAUUCUUCCAAGCAUCUUGGAAUUUAUGUGCAGUUGAUAUCUUUUAACAGGGAAUAUUAAAAUAGACUGAUGAACUAACAAGGAUUUUCUUUAUCUGUGCCAAAAUAUAACUGCACUGUAAGUGUCAGCACCCGUUUAGAUAGUGAGAUGUCAGGAGAGAAGUCUCCAUGGGAUGAAUAAUGUGAACACCGAACAUUACUUUUAGAGUUCUGAAGUGAACCAGGAAGCAACCAUGCAGUGAGGUCAUAUAGUUUGUGAGAAACAGCUGCUUUGACUCCAUGCUUGAAAGCAUUGUAUACACAAUGCACAGAAGUGACGGGGCAGUGCUUUUCUCUGUGCCUCCGUGUUUGUGAAUAUUUACAUUGAGCUGAGUUUCUUUUAUAACUAAAUAUUUACUCUAAAUAAAUAAUAGAUGGAUAGCUGUCUAUUGUAAUGUGUAAGUGACUUUAGUAUUUUCUGUUCUUUUUAUCCAGUCUUCCAUAAGAACUGAAUCAGCUCAGUGUUGAGUAUACUAUCUGCCUUUUAAAUAGAGUCAUCCAACAUCACAGUCACCAAUUCAUUUUGGAAAACAUUCUUUCAGGUCCUAUCAAGGAAUCCCCUUUGAAGGGGAGAAGGGGAUUCUGGUUGGGUCAAGUCACCUACCUGUGGUCCUCUUUUUGGAAAAAGUCCUUUGUCAUAUAGUUUUUGCCUCACUUGUCUGUUUUUCAAAAGCACUAGCAAAAUGUAUGGAAUUUUAUUGUUUAGGAUUACUAGAAUGCUUUGUGUUGAUACAUAGUGUUACCUUUGUUUUAAAAGUGACUGCUUUGGUAGCCAGAGAAUUGUCUGUCUGAAAGGAGAGAGACCUAUUAGCAACUGGGGUCAGAGUCCCCUGGACUUCGGGCUAGUUUUCCAGUAAACAGAAGGUAUUGUCUCCCCCCCCCCCCACCCCCCAGUUCUUGUAUUGCUCCUAGAGCCUUGUGCAAACAAAGCAAGUACCUUUUUUUAUAUUCACAGCUGAAUUUAUUUGUUCUGUUUUGCUUUCUA